CUUCCUCUCUCGGGCAGCAUCCUUUUCGCCGACAUUGUGGGCUUCACCCAGCUGUCCUCGAGCUGCACGGCGCAGGAACUGGUCAAACUCCUCAACGAGCUCUUCGCCGGAUUCGACAAACUGGCUGCGAGGUACCACCAGCUGCGCAUCAAGAUCUUGGGCGACUGCUACUACUGCAUCUGUGGCCUGCCGGACUCACGGACGGACCACGCAGCCUGCUCCAUAUACAUGGGCCUCGCCAUGGUGGACGCCAUCUCGUCUGUGCGGGAGAAGACCAGGACAGAGGUGAACAUGCGUGUGGGGAUCCACAGUGGCACGGUGCUGGGUGGUGUCCUGGGACAGAAGAACUGGCAGUACGAUGUCUGGUCCACCGACGUCACCCUGGCCAACAAGAUGGAGGCAAGCGGCAUUCCUGGCAGGGUCCACAUCUCCCAGAGCACUCACAACUGCCUGAACGGGGAGUUUGAGCUGGAACCCGGCGAUGGGGGGAAGCGGAGUGAGUACCUACAGGACCGGGGCAUCCAAACCUACCUGGUGGUGGUUCCCAAACCCCCCCCUGGCAAGGGCGGCAUCAACGGAGUGAAACUCUCGCUGGCAUCAUCCAAUGGGAACUCGCCACUGUUGAUCAACACCACAGAGCAUAAUGGCAGCGUACACACCACAUGUACCAGUCCCGAUGAUCCUGAGGAGUUGGACACACGGGUCGUGAACCCCUCGUUCCCCAACCCACGGAGAAGACUGCGGUUACGAGAUCUGUCAGAACGGGUUGUCGAUUCAGAACAGAACCAACAGGAGUUGAACCAGUUGCUGGAUGCGGCCCUGUUGGAGCGAGAGAACGUGCAGGCGACGAAGGGACGAUGCACCAACCGCCUGUCGAUGAGGUUCACGGUGCCGGAGCUGGAGAGUCGAUUCUCGGUGGAGAGGGAGAAGCAGAGUGGAGCCGCCAUCAGCUGCUCCUGUGUCGUCCUCGCCUUCUCCUUCCUCGUCCAGUUGUCCAUCGACCCAGGGUUGUGGAUCAAUUACAUCACAUUUGUCAUCGGGGAGAUCCUACUCCUGAUCCUCACCGUCCUGUCCCUCGCUGCUAUCUUCCCCAGGAUGUUCCCAGAGAAGCUGGUGGUGUUCUCCACCUGGAUCGACCGGACUCGCUGGGCACGGAACACGUGCGCUGUCACCUCUGCUCUCAUCGUUACCCUGGCACAUACUGCUGACAUGCUCGUCUGCCUGCACAGUUACCAGUCUCCACCUGACAGGAACCUGAACCUGAGCCUGAGCCACAGCAGCUGUGUGAAGGACCCAAAGUACUACAGCUACAUCUCAGUGCUGGCGCUCAUCGGCACCACCAUGUUGGUGCAGGCCAGCCACAUGGUGAAGGCAUCCCUGAUGCUGGUGAUCGGAGGCACUUACAGCCUGCUCAGCCUUGUGGGCUGGAGGGACAUCUUCGAGGACUACGAUCGAGAACGCUUCCAGCACCUGCAGUCGCUGGUGAUUCCCUCUUGCUACCUGACGGUGGCCACCAUCUUCGUCAUGAUACUGAGCUUUUACUGCUUCACCCGGCACGUGGAGAAGUUGGCACGGACCCUGUUCCUCUGGAAGGUUGACGUUCACGAGCAGAAGGAGCGUGUUUACGAGAUGCGACGCAGGAAUGAAGCCCUCGUCACCAACAUGUUGCCGGAGCACGUGGCUCGGCACUUCCUUGGCUCCAAGAAACGAGACGAGGAGCUGUACAGCCAGAGCUACGAUGAGAUUGGUGUCAUGUUUGCGUCGAUUCCCAACUUCUCUGAUUUCUACACAGAGGAGAGCAUUAACAACGGUGGCAUCGAGUGUCUGCGCUUCCUCAAUGAGAUCAUCUCCGACUUUGAUGGUUUACUGGACGAACCGCAAUUCCGGAACAUCACAAAGAUCAAGACUAUCGGCAGCACCUACAUGGCAGCCUCAGGCCUGAUCCCAGACCCCAGCCCCAACUACAACAGCACUGGCAAGAGAGAGGUGGGACCCUGUGCUCGGGAGCGGUGGCAACAUCUCGCCGAGCUGGCUGACUUUGCGUUGGCCAUGAAGGUCACCUUAAUGAACAUCAACUAUCAAUCGUUCAACAACUUCAUGCUGCGAAUCGGAAUGAACAAAGGAGGUGUGCUUGCUGGGGUAAUCGGGGCUCGGAAACCGCACUACGACAUCUGGGGCAACACGGUGAACGUGGCCAGCAGGAUGGAGUCCACCGGGCAGUUGGGGAACAUCCAGGUAGUGGAGGAGACGUACCUGGUGCUGAAGGACUAUGGCUUCCGCUUUGUGCGUAGAGGACCCAUCUACGUCAAGGGCAAGGGUGAGCUCGUCACGUACCUGAUGAAGGGUCGUGAGAAGCUGGGCUCCUUCAUCAACACCUCCUCCGUCACCUUGCCCCAUCAGGUGGUGGACACUGCAUGAGCCCCCAAACCAGGCCGCCAGGACACAACUGUGGGUGCACGGAGCAAAGGGCAGCGGGACCCUCCACAGCUCACUGAUUGGGAGCUGGCCGUCUGCUUCGGAGGAGCUCGUCUGUGCGAGAUGGGUGGAUUGUGGAGUGGACGUGUCUGGAGAGAGGCUGUGCUCCCUCUGCCCUGCCUGCCAGCCACUGUCAGACCUCCUGUGGGAAAGUCCCAGUGGACUAAUGUCCGUCUGUUGUGUGGCCUGUCGUUCGUUCUCACCCCUGCCAACCACCCCCACCACCACCACCCCCCCCCACCCCCACCCCCACUGUGGAUGGACCUGAAGACCCAGUGGGUGGGCACAGGAAGAGUCACGACGGAUUGAUGGGCUGGUGGGGAGAGAGACUGUCCCGCACAACCUAACCCUCACCCACACCCCUCUGCCACCCACACCCCACCAUCACCCACAAGUCACCCACACCCUUCCCCACAUUAACAGGGAUAUCUCCCCCCACACCAGAUCCCCCACCAGUUUCCACAGAACCCUCACCCACAAAGGGCUGCAGACCAGUGCGGGGCCUGGGGUGGGACCCAGAGAGAUGUUUGACCAGUGCCGGAGCCCCCUUUCCCAUCGACGUGGCACGGGGAAGUACACCGGCCCCAAUUCCUGAGGGGCUGUGCCAGCUGACAUGGGUUGUGGUGAGCCACCCCACCCCACUGGUGAACAGAGAUACACCCCGCUAGGACGGGCAGGUUUGAGACAGCCAGAAGCUCUUGUUAAUGGCAGUUGCUGUUUGUGGAGUCUGCAUUAAAGCAGGGACUGAG